GCUUAAGUGGUGUUAAUGCUUAGUCACCACUGCGCCGUGUUAAGCUGGGCCCCGUCUUUGAUAUCACAAUCUAGGCGCAAGUUACUUCCCAGUUGUUUACCCGAAAGAGUCAUUUCUCGACGAGUGAACACAAUGACAUCCACAAGUUGAUAAUGGAAGUACAAAGCCAUCCACAGAAUCCUGGCUCUGUUACAGAAACGUGUGUUUUGCUUGAACGUUGGAACAGGUGAUCUCAAGACUCACAACGAUUGUGACAGCAAAGCAGCAGAGUGUGGGAUAUAUAUAUAAGAUGUCAGUGGCACAGUGGCGUCUUGCUGUAAAGUGAAGUGAGUGUGGGAAAGAAUUUGUACAGGCAAGUUGAGGAAACACAUUAAAUGUCAUGUUGGAGUCAGACCUUAUCAGCGUAGUGAGUGUGGGAAAGAAUUCACAGAAAAUGGCCAUCUGAAAUGACACAUGAAGACACAUGAAAGUGGUCACAGUGAUGUGAAUGGGAAACCUAAUUAGUGUGGUGAAUGUUGGAAAGUGUUCAUGAGAUAAGUACAUUACAGACACAGUGGUCACAGUGGAAAGUAUUUAAGACAUCAAGGAGCAUGAAGACCCACCAUUAGACUCUUCACUUUGGAAUCAAGCCUUUUAAGUGUGCUGAAUGUGGGAAAACAUUUUCACUAAGAUGUUCUCUGAAGACACACAUCCUGAGUCAAAGUAGAGUGAAGCCUUUUAAGUGUGCUGAAUGUGGGAAAGCAUUUACUCUAAAAGGUACACUGAAGACACACAUUUUGCUUCACAGUGGCAUCAAGCCAUGUAAGUGUGCUGAAUGUUGAAAAGAGUUUGCACCAGCAAGUGGCCUGCAGUCUCACAUGCUGUCUAAGUGGACUCAAGCCUUUUAACAUGUUUAAGUGUGAUGAGUGCGGGAAGACAUUUACACUAAGAAGAUAUCUGAAGAAACACAUAAAGCUUCACAGUGGAAUCAAGCCUUUUAAGUGUGGCGAAUGUGGCAAAGAGUUGGCACAAGCAAGUAACCUGCAGCAACACAUGAGGGUUCACAGUGGAAUCAAGCCUUUUAAGUGUGGUGAGUGCGGGAAGACAUUUGCACAAAGUUACAAUCUAAAGACACACACGAGGCUUCACAGUCGUAGCAAGUCUUUUCAGUGUGCUAAAUGUGGCAAAGAGUUUGUGAAAGCAGGUAACCUGCAAACGCAUAUGAGGAUUUACUGUGGGAUCAAGCCUUUUAAGUGUGCUGAAUGUGGCAAAGAUUUUGCACGGGCAAGUGGCCUUCAGGCGCACAUGUGUAGUCACCAUGGACUCAAGCCUUAUCUGUGUGAUAAGUGCGGGAAAACAUUUCCACAAAAAAGUUAUCUGAAGAUACACAUGAAGAUUCACAAUGGUAUCAAGCCUUUAAAGUGUGCUGAUUGUGGGAAAAAGUUUGCACACGCUGAUCGCCUGCUUUCUCAUAUGAGUAAUCACAGAGGACUCAAGACUUUUGAGUGUGGUGAAUGUGGGAAAGAGUUUGCACAAGCAUAUAAACUGCAGAUACACAUGAUGCUUCACAGUGGUAUCAAGCCUUUUGAGUGUGCUGAAUGUGGCAAAAAGUUUGCACAAGCAGGUGGCCUGCAAGCCCACAUGAGGAUUCACAGUGGAAUCAAGCCUUUUAAGUGUGCUGAAUGUGGGAAAGAUUUUGUACAAGCAUAUAGCCUGAAGACACACAUGAGGGUUCACAGUGGUGUCAAGCCUUUUAAAUGUGCUGAAUGUGGGAAAGGGUAUGCACAAUCAGGUCACCUGCAGAGGCACAUGAUUAGUCACAGUGGAAUCAAGCCUUUUAAGUGUGCUGAAUGCGGCAAAGGGUAUGCACAAUCAAGUACCCUGCAGACACACAUGAGGCUUCACAGUGGAAUCAAAGCCUUUAAGUGUGAUGAAUGUGGGAGAGAGUUUGCACAAGCUGGUCACCUGCAGAGGCACAUGGCGAGUCACAGUGGACUCAAGCCUUAUCUGUGUGAUGACUGCGGGAAAACAUUUACACAAAGAAUCGACCUGAAGAUACACAUGAGGAUUCACAAUGGUAUCAAGCCUUUUAAGUGUGCUGAAUGUGGGAAAGAGUUUGCACGAAAACGCAAUCUGCAGUCUCACAUGAUUAAUCACACUGGAGUGAAGCCUUACCUGUGUAAGGAGUGCAGGAAAUCGUUUACUCGAAUAGAUACCUUUAAGACACACUUGAAGAUUCACAGUUGAAUCAAGCCAUUUACCAUGUUUACAUUUGAUUUAGGUGUGGUGAUUUCGGGAAAGAGUUUACAGAAGCAGGGAACCUGCAGUCUCACUUGAGGUCUCACUAUGAACUCAAGCCUUACCUGUGUAAGGAGUGCAGGAAAUCGUAUACUCGAAUAGAUACCUUUAAGACACACUUGAAGAUUCACAGUUGAAUCAAGCCAUUUACCAUGUUUACAUUUGAUUUAGGUGUGGUGAUUUCGGGAAAGAGUUUACAGAAGCAGGUAACCUGCAGUCUCACUUGAGGUCUCAUGGUGAACUCAAGCCUCACCUGUGUGAGGAGUGCAGGAAAUCGUUUACUCAAAUAGAUACUCUUAAGACACGCUUUUAAGAUUCAUAGUUGAAUCAAGCCAUUAAGGUGUGGUGAUUUUGGGAAAGAGUUUACAGAAGCAGGUAACCUGCAGUCUCACUUGAGGUCUCAUGGUGAACUCAAGCCUCACCUGUGUGAGGAGUGCAGGAAAUCGUUUACUCAAAUAGAUACUCUUAAGACACGCUUUUAAGAUUCAUAGUUGAAUCAAGCCAUUAAGGUGUGGUGAUUUUGGGAAAGAGUUUACAGAAGCAGGUAACCUGCAGUCUCACUUGAGGUCUCAUGGUGAACUCAAGCCUCACCUGUGUGAGGAGUGCAGGAAAUCGUUUACUCAAAUAGAUACUCUUAAGACACGCUUUUAAGAUUCAUAGUUGAAUCAAGCCAUUAAGGUGUGGUGAUUUUGGGAAAGAGUUUACAGAAGCAGGUAACCUGCAGUCUCACUUGAGGUCUCAUGGUGAACUCAAGCCUCACCUGUGUGAGGAGUGCAGGAAAUCGUUUACUCAAAUAGAUACUCUUAAGACACGCUUUUAAGAUUCAUAGUUGAAUCAAGCCAUUAAGGUGUGGUGAUUUUGGGAAAGAGUUUACAGAAGCAGGUAACCUGCAGUCUCACUUGAGGUCUCAUGGUGAACUCAAGCCUCACCUGUGUGAGGAGUGCAGGAAAUCGUUUACUCAAAUAGAUACUCUUAAGACACGCUUUUAAGAUUCAUAGUUGAAUCAAGCCAUUAAGGUGUGGUGAUUUUGGGAAAGAGUUUACAGAAGCAGGUAACCUGCAGUCUCACUUGAGGUCUCAUGGUGAACUCAAGCCUCACCUGUGUGAGGAGUGCAGGAAAUCGUUUACUCAAAUAGAUACUCGUAAGACACGCUUUUAAGAUGCACAGUUGAAUCAAGCCAUUUAGGUGUGGUGUUUCCGGGAAAGAGUUUACAGAAGUGGGUAACCUGCAGUCUCACGUUGAACUGAAGCCUUAUCAGUGUGAGGAGUGUGGGGAAGCAUUUACACAUGCAUGUCACCUGCGGACCCACAUGAGGAUUCACAGUGGAAUCAAACCUUUUAAGUGUGUACUAUAUCCUCCAGUGGUCAGAAUGUGCUCGGAUCUGAGCAGAGAUUGUGGAGUUUCAAGUUACUACAUUACAUUCCAUUUACAGGCUCUCUGCUGGUCCUUACCAGGACCGUGCCCCAUGGUGACAGCUAAUGAUUAAUUACCACCAGAUGUCUCUAGCAGAUGAUGCAUUUCAAUUGUAAAUAGCGAGAAACAAAACCAACACAAAUAUAUCUACUCAUAUUUUAAUAAUAAAUGUGUAUGAGUAAAAAAUGUAACAUCAAAAUUGUAACUACAAAAUGUUUUUUCUCCCUAAAUUUUGUCUGAUUUCUAACUAUGAUUAACUUAUAAAGCUUACACAACUCAACAAAUGUCAUUCUUAAACAUCAACUGUAAAUAACUCAAAACAUUGUGUGUGUGUGUGUGUGUGUGUGUGUCUGUGUGUGUGUGUGUGUGUGUGUGUAUAUAUAUAUAUAUAUUAGUAGAAUAAUGUCACUGUUUCUCGAUGAAAUGAUACGCAAGAAAUAUCUUAUUUAUCGCAUAUCUAGGUAUGCUACCACUGAUUCCCUCAGUCUCAAUAAGAUAAAAAAGAAUAAUGCUGUAUGUACAUGAUCUGAUUAUUAUACCGAAUCAAAACUAACAUGGUUACUAAAAACAAUUCCAAAAAUGUUAGUUGUCAGUAUGCAAGAAACAUCAGGAAUGAAUGUAAAAAUGUCAUGUCACACCCUGUGCACAAAUAGUAAUAUGAUUUUGUGCUUGAGUAAUCAUAGUCCAUGUCCGAAGUCAUAUAGUCAUUGAUAUUGUUGCAUCUUCAAUUCCAAUCUCUGGUUUCUGGUUCUGCAUGAGAUAGCCAUUUCUUAGUGACAGAUGUCUCUACUUCCUGAAAACAUAGGUACAUCAUAUUAUUUGUCAAAAUUUGUAUUUACAGAGAAUUUCCAUGACAUGUUUAAAAUGAAAAAUAUUGAUUGACAUGUAAAGGUUUUUAAAGUAUUUUUAUGCAUAGUCUUUUACAAUAACACUGUAUCCCUAAUAACUGUGUCAAGCCGAAGACCCGGGUUCGAUUUCCCAUUCCUUGUGAUAAAGCUGGAAUAUUGCUAAAAGCGGCGUAAAACCAUAUUCACUCACUUACUCACCUAAUAAAUGUGUCAAUAUUCAGUUUAAAUGAACAAGGGAAUGACUGAUUGUCACAAAGAAUAUAACUGUUUGUUACAAACAUGCACAUAUGCACACAUGCACGUCUCCUCCGAUGAAUUAUUAUAUAAAAAAGAUACAUAAUAUUUAAAGCAGAACAGACAUCGCCAUUUACCAUACGGUGUGAUCGAGCAGUAU